AUGUUCGAGGGGAAGUACACCACCAUGGGCAGUCGUUCCACACUUCACCCACGAGUUGUCCGAGGUCAAUUGAACCGAAACUUGUGGACUGUCAUGGAACACAUUCAAGAGGAGAUCAAAGACGCCUUUGAAGAUUCAUUCCCCCCCUGCGAUGACUGGACCGAAGUGGACGUGGUAGACCGCAUCACCCAAAUUGUGGCCCGCGUCUCAAGUCGCAUGUUUGGCGGCACAACUCUCAGUCAUAACAAGGAGUGGAUCCAAUCAUCUAUUGACUUUGCAACGGAUGGUUUCAUCGGAGCCCAGGCCCUGAAGAGUUACCCCGAGUUUAUGAAGCGCUUUGUUGCUCCUUGGAUACCAGCUAUUCGGAACAUCAAGAACCACUAUGCAGCCGCAGAGAAAGCCGCCAUUCCUCUUCUGCGUGAGCGCCAGGCGUCGGGCACAGUAGCCCCAGAUCUGCUGUACUGGAUGGCCGAGGAUGCCAAGGGCGACGAGAAAGAUCCAACUUUCUUGGCAGGAAUUCUUCUUAAAGUCAGCUUUGCGGCUAUUCACACAAGCGCCGCAGCUCCGACACAACUUCUUUACGAUCUCUGCGAUAUGCCGGAGUACAUCGAGCCACUUCGGCGGGAGAUUGAGGAAAAUGUAGAUACUAACGGCCUUCUUAGCCGACAAGGCUUCCAAGGCCUGACAAAACUGGACAGCAUCAUGAAGGAGAGCCAGAGAUUCAAUCCCCUACUGUUGGUCACAUUUGAGAGAGUCAUCGCCAACGAUUACACUCUGUCGGACGGUUUGAAGAUCCCUGCUCACACCACUAUUGGCAUUCCAGCUCAUGCAAUCUCGAUGGAUCCUGAAAUGUUUCCCGAGCCAGACCGUUUCAACGGUUUCCGGUUCGAUGAGAUAACAGCCAAAGAGGCAGCCCAGACCGAGAAAGGCAACAAGGCGGAGCCGUCCGUUACAUACGCCGCCGCUCACCCGUCUAGCAUGGCCUUUGGCUACGGUCGACACGCAUGCCCAGGUCGCUUUUUCGCCUCGGCUGAGAUCAAGGCUAUCAUGGUUUAUCUCCUGACACAUUACGAUUUUAGGUUCCCUGAUGGGCAGACUGAGCGCCCGCCCAGCCUGAUUUUUGAGACACAGAAUUUGCCUAACCCUACAGGGCGUAUCAUGUUCAAGCGGAGGUGA